UUUUUUUAAUUCCAAAACUUUUUUGCUUGCCACUUGGACCUCCUUUUAUGGGAUUCACCAACUUUCAGCAACUUUUUUAAACCUGUGGAGAGCUUGGAUGAAACUGAUUGGAGAACGAGUUGCCGCCUACAGAAGCGUCCCAAAUCCUUUUUUUCAAAAGAUGUGGAGCCACCACUACCCUCUGAGGAGACGCUUACGGUGCAAAAUGUGAGCACCAGAUAAAGAGACGAGAGCGGAUUCUUUUGUACAAUGCAGCAGAACUCUUGUUUCAACUGUGAUUGACUGAGCUGAAGCAGUGAACGAUGAACAACACAGAGAAGUUGUCCUACCAUGAACCAGUGGGAUACUGGUUCCUUGUCAUCGUGGUCAACAUCAUCCUGAUCACAGUAGUGGGAAACCUGCUGGUCAUUAUUGCUGUGGCGCGGACUUCACAACUGCAAACUUCAACAAACAUCUUUAUCAUGUCCCUGGCAUGUGCAGACCUCAUCAUGGGAGUGCUUGUGGUGGCUCCUGGGGCCAGUUAUGUUUUGACAGGUAACUGGCUGUUCGGUGUGAUAAUAUGUGACCUCUGGACUUCAGUUGACGUCCUCUGUGUGACAGCGAGCAUUGAAACCCUUUGUGUCAUAGCAGUGGAUCGGUAUAUAGCCAUCACAAGGCCGCUGAGGCACAAAGUUCUACUUUGUAAGUUCCGUGCGAGAGUAGUAGUUUGUUUAGUUUGGGCUGUGUCCGCUUUAAUUUCAUUUUUCCCAAUUAUGAAAGGGCUUUGGCGUGCCGACGACCAACGGACAGACUGCUACAACGUGUCCACAUGCUGUGACUUUAUAACAAACGCUACAUAUGCUGUUUCAUCCUCCGUAGUGUCCUUUUACAUUCCUCUGGUCGUAAUGAUCAUUGUGUACACAAAAGUCUUUGUAAUUGCAAAACGGCAAGUCCGGCUCAUAGACAAAAAUCGGAUUCGCUUCCAGAACGAAUGCCCAGCAGCACAGAUUCAAACUGGUCACAGCAUCAACCACAUCUUGCCUUCAGCAAUUGUUGGCUCCAGCAUCUGCAACAAUCCCAUAAGGAAAAAGAGCUCUAAGCGGAGGCCAUCCCGACUACAGCUCGUCAAGGAGCACAAGGCUAUCAUGACUGUAGGUAUCAUCAUUGGGACCUUCACCGCGUGCUGGCUGCCGUUCUUUGUUGCCAACGUCAUCAAUGGAUUGAGCAAUGGCAUUAUUGACGAGCGUAUCUUCCUGCUGUUAAACUGGCUGGGUUACAUAAACUCUGGCCUCAAUCCAAUCAUCUACUGCCGGAGUCCAGAGUUUCGGGCUGCAUUUAAGAACCUGAUUGGGUGUCCAUGGCUGCCCACCCAGUGGCUAAAUGCUUUCCUCAAGGAACUACGAACCCGCUGCUCCUGCUUUCUGUGGCAAAAGUUUCCCGAGGGUAGGACUGAGAUCAGUGAGUGUUCGGUCAGCAGAAGCAUGGAGGCAUCUCUUGGUCCUUUGCAGACAAAUGGCUGCGCACACUUCAACGACCGCUCACAGCCAGAAACCAAGUUCUUCGUGGUACAGGAAACGGAUGCUAAAACUGUAAAUCAUCGAUCUACUGAAGCAAAAUGUGACGCCUGCGCAACCUGAGACCAAACUGCAGAGACAAUGAGACGUGGAAACGUUCAUCCCCAAAGAGACGACUGGACCGUCCAGAAAUCAGAUGAUCUGGAGCGGACAGGAACACAGAGA